AUGGUCCUCAUACAGACAUUAUUCUCCCUUUUUACGGUCUCUCUAUGCAGGAGCAUACCGCGCUCAGGCCCUUCUUCAUCACCUUCUACGCAAGCUACCGACCUCAAAAUCCAUGACCCGACCGUCAUCAAUGUUGGUGGCAUCUACUAUGCUUAUGGUGUAGGAGAGCACAUCGUUAUUCAUCAGGCAUCCGAUCUAGCCGGACCGUGGACGCAGAUCGGAAGUGUCCUGGAUCAAGACAGUAUCAUCCCCAAAGGCGACCGUGCAAAGCCUGGCUCCUACGACUAUCGAAGUCAACGGGAUCUUCUAUUGCUAUUACUCAGAGGGUGGACAGACCACGGGGCUAUCAUUCAGUCGGGCACAGGACAGGGCUCGGAUGAGCAUCCAUUCAAUGAAGUAAAUGCCAUUGACCCUGCAGUUCUGGUCGUCGAAGAUAAAGGACUUUUGAUUUUUGGCAGCUAUUGGUCUGGAAUAUGGCAGGUCCCAUUGAAUCAAGACCUCCGCUCGGUCAGCAACACAACUGGAGCCAAUGCGCAUCAUCUAGCAAAGCAUCCACAGCCUGAGCCAGUCCAGUCCCAGAACCAAAACCCCAAUCCUCUCUGUCAAGAUUCGUCUGGUCGCCGCCCGGUUGAGGGUGCUUACAUCUCUUACCAUGCACCGUACUACUAUCUCUGGCUGAGCUGGGGCCAGUGCUGCGAUUAUGAUCCUAGCAACCUUCCACCACCCGGUGAAGAAUAUAGUAUCCGCGUCGGACGCUCCGAGAGCCCUCACGGUCCGUUUGUAGACAAACAAGGGGAAGAGCUUACUCAGGGCGGAGGAGAGCUCAUUUAUGGCUCGAAUAACGACGUUUACGCACCGGGAGGACAGGGGGUUUUAACUGGGGAGACUGGAGAUAUUCUGUAUUAUCACUACUUAAACACAACUAUCAGUUAUGAUUUCUGGGAAGCCCGGCUGGGAUACAGUUAUCUGGGAUAUGUCGAUGGCUGGCCCGUCAUACAGGACGCCCUCUAG